UUCAGAGUCGCCUCAGUCGCCUCGGUGAUGUCAGUGAUAGAACUGUAUGGAACUGUAGUUACAGAUGAUUUCAGAAGAUGUCCGUAUAGGAGAUAGAACAUGGAUUAUGGAUGAUAAUCAUAACCAUUCACCUAGGCUAAGUGAAUUCCCUGAUCGGAAGUUAAUUAUUAUCUUCGUUUAAUUUACAUUGUGAUUGUAUGACCAAUGAUAAAAUCAUCAGUCAUCUACCAAAAAGUAUAGAACGGUGUACUGUACUGUGUACAGUGUACGGUACCAAUAUGUAAAACUGAAAUGCAAGAUGCUGAAGCAGCACAAUUUUUUUAUGAAUAUUGAUAUUCCGUGGAAAACAUUCGUUCGUGAGUCCUGCGAGGUUUCCGAGGUACCUAUCAAGAGAAAAGAUCAUUGCUUAAGUUUUCAAGGAGAUGAGGCAAGGGAAAGUUACGAGGAAAUUGUGCAUGAUACAGAAGAUGUAAUCUCACAACAUGACCAGAAACAUCGUAAAGCUAGGACGAACAUUAAUCAUAGUACAAUAUCAAAAUCUGUUUCAACUGAGAGAUCUAAAAGUGAACAGUUCUCUAAGGGGAACGUGACUGUCAAUGCUAUAUUGAAAGCAGUGGAACAGAAGGAUUUGAUGUUCUUAUCCAGAUAUGUAACCCAAGAAAAUGUUGAUUCGACUGAUGAUUUUGGUUGGACACCGCUCAUGUCAGCUGCCUACUGUGGCCACUUGGAUGUUAUAGAAUUUUUGUUAAACCUCGGUGCCAAUAGAAGAGCUCGGGAGAAAUCUGGUCUUACUGCGGCACAACUGGCAUUGAAAAAGAAUUAUUUGAAUAUUGUUGCAUUGCUCAAAAAGAGAACAGAACAUACAACUAACAGAUCAACACUGCCUGAAGCAGAUGCGAAUACGUCACAACCAAAUAGUGAUUAUUCAUUGCAAAUCAAACCAGAAUUCGUGGAGCCUUUGAAGGAUUUUAACGACACCUCCCGAAAAAUUGAUAGUGUGAAAAAACAUUACGAUGAAAAUUCUGGAUUUUAUUGCAAGAUUUGCAAAGUUAAUUUCUAUCAAACAACUUGGAAGAAACAUGAAACGUCCACUCUUCAUGUAUUCAACAGUAAACCAAAACUAACAAACACAAUGUAUGGCAUAUCGAAACAAAACAAAGGCUAUCAGAUGCUUUUGAACCAUGGAUGGGAUGAACAAAAUGGUCUUGGCCCUUCAGGAAAAGGACUUAAGUAUCCCAUUAAAACGUGCCUAAAAUCUGACAGGAAAGGAUUAGGCCAGAUCAACGAAAAGGAAUACAGAGUAACACAUUUCAAACCUGGUGAUGUUUCUGCAAUCAGCGAUCUCAAACCAUCUAAACAUAAGUGUGUGAAAAAGAAAGACAGAGAGAAAUUACUUAAUAAGGAAGUCAGGAAAGAGAGAGCACUGCGUAUUGCUUUGUCAUAAAAUAACAUACAGGAGUACACUUUAAGUUAUCAGUAGUUGAUAAUGCUUCUAAGACUGAAUACAAUAUGAGAAUUGAUCAGCGGAAGGCUUUGGAACAUAUGUAAUACAAUACAUGCAAGAGAGGACAGCUGAGAUUCUCAUUGAUAGCCAAGAAAUAAUAAUUGCUUUUGAUAAACGAAGAGAUACUGACAAAAUUAAUAUGAAUUGAUGAGGGUAUUGCAGAAUAAAUAUUGUAAGAAAACUUGGACUAUUGUAGAACCUUUAUUAACAAAAAUGUCGUCCAAAACUGCAAAAGAGUUACGCAUUAAAGG